UUCCCGAGGCUCCGCCCCCGCCAGGCCCUGGUCCCGGGCUCGGUCGGCGCAGUCGCAGUGAGGAGGCAGCCGCGGAGCCGGUAGCAGGAGCCGGCGGCGGAGCCAUGGCGGGGGCCCCGCAGGAGAACACGCUGCUUCACCUCUUCGCCGGGGGGUGCGGGGGUACAGUUGGUGCCAUUGUUACAUGUCCCUUAGAAGUAAUAAAGACCAGGCUCCAGUCUUCAAGGCUAGCUUUCCGGACUGUCUACUAUCCUCAAGUCCAGCUGGGGACGAUCAGUGGGGAAGGAAUGGUCAGGCCGACAUCUGUAUCACCCGGACUUCUCCGGGUUCUAAAGUCAAUUUUGGAAAAAGAAGGACCAAGGUCGCUCUUCCGAGGAUUGGGUCCAAACUUGGUUGGAGUGGCACCAUCAAGGGCGGUCUACUUUGCAUGCUACUCCAAAGCCAAGGAGCGAUUUAAUGGCACUUUUGUGCCCAACAGCAACAUUGUGCACAUUUGCUCAGCAGGCUCUGCAGCUUUUGUCACAAAUUCCCUGAUGAACCCUAUAUGGAUGGUGAAAACCAGAAUGCAGCUGGAACGGAAAGUCAGGGGUUCAAAGCCGAUGAAUGCUUGGCAGUGUGCUAGAUACGUUUACCAGACAGAAGGGGUCCGUGGUUUUUACAGAGGCUUGACGGCCUCCUAUGCUGGGAUUUCAGAGACCAUUAUCUGCUUUGCUAUUUAUGAAAGUUUAAAGAAGCACCUGAAGGAUGUCCAGCUGCCCCCUUCCCCUACUAAUGGGACCAAGAGGAACUCCACAAACUUUUUUGGACUGAUGUUUGCUGCCGCUGUUUCUAAGGGCUGUGCCUCCUGUAUUGCUUAUCCGCAUGAGGUCAUACGGACAAGACUGCGAGAGGAAGGCACAAAAUACAAGACUUUCUUUCAGACGGCUCGUCUGGUAGCACGUGAGGAAGGCUACCUGGCUUUCUAUAGAGGACUCUUUGCGCAGCUCAUCAGGCAGAUACCAAACACAGCCAUUGUGUUGUCCACCUAUGAGCUAAUUGUGUACCUGUUGGAAGACCGCACUAAGUAGCAGAGCCAGGGAACAUCCUUUGGAAGAUAAAAACUGACUUGAGCAAAUAGCCAUUUAAGAGACUGAUACAGGUGAUGAAGAUGGAGAAAAGCUAUGAGUCUCUGAUCACCUGCUGGACACUUUUUUUUCCUUUUGGAUUCAUGCUUUCUGGAAGGGUUCAACUCAUUAACGUUAAUAGUUAAUUAAACUUUUUAACUUAAGGAGAGAAGAUUCAGAAUUAAACUGCUACUAAAUUAAAUCAUGCAUUUAAUUUA